AUGAGUACCUGGAUGAACGACGCUGUACCAAACCACAAUGGAAAUGGUUUUCCACAUAUGAACGAUCCCAAUUCUGCCGGCGCCAUGAUGGAUCCGUCAGCGUUUAUGGCCAAUGCUGGCCAAUUCAAUCCAGCGCAAUUCCAGAACCAACAGCAGCCGCAACAGCCCCAGCAAAACCCGAGCCAGCACCAGAUGCAGGCGAUGCAAAACGGCCCGAUGCGCAAUGCGUCGCCAUCGUCUUAUCAGAAUCCUGUCUAUCAAACAAACUCGGUUAUUCCAUCGAAGCGACCGCGACCGCGCGAUGAAAGCAUGGCCGGCUCUCCGACCCAAAACCCAGGCAUGCUCCCUACGUCCAGAUCGCAAACGCCGCAACAACAAAGCUUUGCUGGUUACCAGACUGGCCAGAUCCCCCAACAAGGGCCAGGCCAAUACUCGCAUCUUCAGGCUAACGGUUCUGCCAACGCGAGCCCUUCGCCAAUAAUGGGUAAUCAAAUGCGGCCAGGAAGCGUUCCACAGCGAGUUGCUACCGCAUCUCCUCAUCCUUUCUCACCCGGGACACAGCAGUUUACCGCGCAAGCUUCGCCAGUCACAUCGGAACAUGUCGGCACUCCCCAGCAAAAUCCCUACAUGCAGAAUAUGCCACAAGGCUAUAGCCCCAGCUUUGCGCCGUCACCAUCAAAUACGCGACCGCCAUCGAACCCGAACCCCAUGGCCACUAGCCAGUUGAUGUCCCAGCAGAUGGGGCAGAUGCCUCCGCAAGGAGGACAGAUGGGAAGCAACAUGUACCAGAUGCAGCAACAGCAGCCUCAGCAACAUCCCCAACAGCAGCACCCACAGCAGCAAUCACAGCAGUCGCAACAACAGCAGAAGAUGGCCGCGUAUCAGAUGCGACUUCAGCAGCAAUUGCAGGGAAACAUGCAGAUGCAGGCUCAAAUGCAAGCUCAGCAAAUGGGCCGUGGCAUGAUACCAAAACAGCAACCUCCGAUGAUGCAGAAUGGACAGCCUCCUCAGCCUCAGGGCGGCAUGAUGCGACCCCGACAGAUGACGAACCCGAACCCCGAGAACUUCAUGAAGAGCCUGACACACUUAAUGAACAUGAAAGGACUUCCUCUCGAUCCUAAUCCCAUGAUUGGAGAUCGCCCGGUGAAUCUAGUGACGCUGUUCUCACAUGUACAGAACAAAGGCGGUUAUAAACCCGUCACUGCGGCCAAUGGGUGGCCAUACAUCGCUCAAGCACUGGGGCUCCCGGCGCAACUGCCCACUGUGGGACCUGCUUUGAAACAAAUAUAUGAGCGUAACCUGCUAAAGUUCGAAGAAGCAUGGAUGGCACAAGCAAAGAGUCGGAUGAUACAGCAUCCUCAACAGGGAGCGCCGCAGAAACCUAUGCAGCCAAGCCAGCAGAUGAAUCAGGGUCAGAUGCAGCCAGGACAGCAACAACCGCAGCAGCAGACGCCUUCGAAGCCAGGAUCUCUUUCUAUGAAUGGAUUUCAGACUCCUCAGCAAACGCAACAACAACCCCCGCCGAAUGCUGUAGCCACUCACAACAGAGGUUCUAUGCCAACCCCGAUCGAAGCUCAAGUGCAAGGCGAAUUCAUUGCCCCGUCCCCCGUCCACAGCAAAAGCGGUAGCAUUUCAAUGAGUCAGGCUGAAGGUAGACCCCCUCUUUCGGUUGCGCCUCCAGAAGCCGGUAUGCCAAGAAUACGUCCGAAGUCAGAUGAAUAUACUCCUUGCUCUCGCGAGCUCACAACCUAUGGCGGAGUCGAUAUUGGUGGAACGAACUCUCUUGCCAUGGAACUGGCAAGGUGGGAGCCUGAUGUACCUCCGCUCGCCGAGAUGGGCAAUAUCGACAUUCAGGCGCUCACCCGGAGUCUGCAAAGUGGAAUUCACGGAGAGGUUCGACUUGCUUUGGAUACUCUAGUAGCAGUCUCAAACUCGCCACAUCCCCACCUGGCGCUUCAGCUAAGGUUCUGCGAGGAUCUGGUUGAGACCAUGCUCGACUUUGCUGAAGAACAAUUGGAAUUCCUCGCUGAACAUACCGUGGAGGUUUCGGAUGAGAUAUUAUUAACACCAUACGAAGACCUCGUAAGAUCUUGCCGUCUUGAGCAGCUGAACGUGAAGGAAAGCCCGGUAUUUGGGAGCCAGGAGUAUGAGCUUGACCGUACGGUUGAUCGGUUGAUCUGUAUUACCACCUUUCUCCGCAAUGUCUCUUUCCCGGCCGAGAACAAUGAGAACCAUGUAGUCCUCGCGGAUGAGUCUGUGGUCAAAUUCCUGGGUGUCAUUAUAAGAUAUCUCGGCACACGAACCAUGUUGCUGCGGACACACGCCAAUACCUUGGAUUUUAUGAAGGACAUGGUUAUCCUGCUUUCUAACCUCUCCAGCUCCAUCGAGCUCCCCAGCAAGGAACAGGCUCUUUGCUUCCUCCAGUUUUUGCUUGCCUUUGCCCCUUCCCCUGGCCCUACGACGAUUAAGGGUACUUGGAGUUAUUCCCCCUACGAGCCAAGUCUGCAUCCUUACUUACCCCAUGCCGUGGACGCUCUGGCUAAGUUAUUUGCACGAGACGAGCCAAAUCGUACACACUAUAAGACUUUGUUUGCAACUGAUGCCACCAAUACCCCGCCUUUCGAACUCCUCAACCGUACAUUUGCUCUCGCUGUAUCACCAAUCCCCGACAAGCUCCACGAGCAAAAGCGGCCGCAAAAUUACCCAUCUCUUGUGGAAACCCGGAAGCCAUAUCUCAUGCAGGGCCUCCUCUCCGCUGAGAUCAUCGCAUCGUUAGCCCCCGGUCCCGAAGCAGGAAUAACAAAAGCAUGGCUUCUUUCCGAGAAUGAUCUCGCACAGAAUCUGCUGGGUUUGGUGGAGAGACUGAGCAGGCAGUACGAGCAACCUGGCGCAUUCAACAGAGGCGCUACCCGAGCACCACCACGAAAAGACGCGGAACUUGUAUAUCUUGCCGUUACUGCUGUCUCAUUAUUGCGGAGGCUUGCAGAGAAGGCAAAGGAUGAUGAGGACUCGUUUUCAUCAAUCCUCACAGCUCUGCUUCCUUCAUCCCAAUCCUUGCUGGAAUCUUUGAGUUUGCCUUCGCCAGAGUGGACCAAAGAAGGGUUUCUGCAUCAUCUUACAGCAUGCUACAAUCUCAGUUGGUAG